AUGGCACUACCGUUCUCUUCGGCUGCUUAUGCUUUCGCUUCAGAACGAACGGUUGACUUGAGUACUGUCAAGCCAUCCUACAUCCGAGGCUAUCCUAGUAGUGGUAUAGGACGCUCUUUCGAUGAUCAGGUGCCCACAGUUUCUCUCUACCUCAAACGUGGCGACAAAAAAUACGAGUGGGGGAAUGGAGUUCGGAGAGCUCUCAUCUCUCAAAAGUCGAAAACAUCCGCCAACACUCCCCUUGUGGAAUUGGUCAAGCUGCUGCUGUCGGAUACAAAAGACUUGGACAACGACAAAGCCCGGAUACAAUCUGUACUCGAUCAGUAUGGUGUUUCGAUAACAAGAGCCAUUGCCGAUUUCCUUCACGAAAUGUGGCGCCACGCGCUCUCCCGUAUUGCAGCCAGUGAUGGAGAAGCCUUUUUCGAGAGCUGUCAGAAAGAUCUCGUUCUCUCUGUCCCCCCUGCCUGGAGUCCGAACUCCGUACGCAUAAUGCAGCAAGCCGCCGAACUUGCCGAAUUACCCGAACCUGACAUAGUAGCGGAGCAGGAAGCUGCCGCUCUUUCUGUGCUGAUGGAACAGGGUCUCAAUAACAGAGGGAAUCUGCAGAUCGGAGACAUUUUCGUGGUUGUUGACGCAGGUGGAGGAACUGUGGAUCUUGCAGCUUAUCUCCUGGAGCAUCAGAGUCCAUUCCGUGUUUCUGAGGUCUCAACUGCAGAAGGCGGUCUCAUCAAUCUGGCGUUUCGCAAGUGGUUCAGAUCCAAGCUAGUCAAAGAAAAGAACAAAUACCCGGAUUCGGAAUUUGAGCGGCUCAUAGAAGAAGCUUCCUCGGCGUUUGAGUGGGCUAAACGUGCAUUUGACGAUUCGACUACCGAUGACCCUUUCUGCGAGGUACCAGGCUUGAAGAAAAACAGGGAUGGCAUCCUCCAAAACAAUCUUGUUUCAAUUCCCAGGCAAGCGCUUCCAAAAACGUCUGUGAAGAGAGCACUAAUUCCGGACAGAAUGACAAUGCUUGAAUUCUUCGACCAGAUCAUUCUUGAUAAGAUCAUUCCACUCAUUACCGAGCAGAUACAGGCAGUUCACAAGCAUUUUCAUCAACCUGCCGAAUUUCCUCUGGUCAAGUCUAUCAUCCUCGUCGGAGGGUUUUCAGCAUCGGCAUAUCUCCGCAAAACGAUCAGAAACUUCUAUGGCAGCGUUCGUGAGGACUCGUUCCCUUCGUACAAGAUCGAGAUACGAAGCCCCGAGUCAAAUCAUGAGACUGCUGUAGCUCGCGGCUCGGUUUUGCGGUCAUUGAACCCCCAUUUUGUCGGAGACCGCUGCCUGCGCACAAGCUACGGGAUUGCACAACAAGAAGAAUUCGACCCUAAGAAACAUGAUGAGAGAUUCAAAGAACAGGAUGAACAUGAAGAUAAAGCGGUGGUCAAUGAUUGCAUUUUGUGGGUGUAUAAGGCGGGCGAUUCUCUAGAAGAAAAUAAAGUCCUUGACAUACGGGACCUCGCCUGGACCAUCAACGCGGACUAUGACUUCAAGAGCGGGAAUUCUCGAGAGGAGUUCUUCUGUCAACUAUAUAUGUCGGAUGAAAAAAAUCCAAAGGACCACUGGACGCUUGCACAGAUGCGACAGAAAAACCUUCACAUUAUAGAUCGCUGUCGCUUGGAAGCAGACUUCUCGACUGCUGAUGUGAGCUGUUUGGAAGAACAUCCCCCCAAGAAAGGCGGAAGGCCGUACUACAAGAUACCCUACACCCUAAGGUCUACUGUGACUGGCGUGAAGACCGACUGGCAGCUGAUUGUCCCUGGCGUGGAGGGUGUGGUAACCUAUGGGCAACAAAUCAACAUCGCAGCAGCCUUCAAACCAGGCGAGGCCUGUUAG